CCAGGUGACUGACACAAUGAGCUGCAGCAGUGUUGCAGGAUCAGAAUUCUCUGAGGAAGAGCUGGAGUUUGCUGUGCUGGACCAAGGGGAGGAAAAGAGAAGUCCAAAGGUAUCUUUCCAUGAUAGUGAGAGUUCAACCAGCAGUCCAAGCAACCAGGACGAAGACCAGAACAAGAAGCGCAAUCGACCCAUUCGCUCAAAAGCUCGUCGAAUGGCCGCCAAUGUCCGUGAGCGAAAACGCAUCAUGGACUACAACCAGGCCUUCAAUGCCCUACGUGUGGCUCUGAACCAUGACCUCAGCGGCAAACGGCUCUCAAAGAUUGCAACGCUACAGAGGGCCAUCAACCGCAUCUCUGCACUCUCUGUGUUUUUGAGCUCCAAUCCCCCCAGCAAGCCCUGCACCCACCGAGAGUGCAACAGGUCAACUGUGGGGCCAGCCGUGAUAGGAGCAUCUCAGCUUGAGCAGCCCAGGAUAACAGUUCCUUGUCUGGAGCAUCGGAGUUUUGUCCCCUGGCACCCAUCCUUCUCUAACCAGAUGCAGCCACUACAAGGGCCUCACAUGCACAGGGUGUCCACAGAUCCACAUGUCUACAUGGAUAACACUGCAUCAUCAUGUCCCCCGUCACCACACUAUCCUUGUUAUCCCAUUGAGGGACAAGUUUAUGCCUCAUUUGGACACUGUGGCAGCCCCAGCGACCAUCCACCCAGCCCUCUGCGAUAUGGUCAGGUGGGUGAGGGGUUGGGGUACCAGCCGGGGAUGUGGGCAUCCUGCACUCAGAAAUACAUGGACACUUUCAUGGAAUCUCCUCCAGCUCUGGGGCUUCCCUGGCAUGUGAGCUACCUGCAAGAGUCGGACCACAGCCUCUCUCUGGGCUCUGAUAUAUUGUAA